CCGGAAGCUCUACGCAGCAUAAAAAAUAAUCUUCAGACAAAUCUUCGAAACUAAGUAGCAGCAGAUCUUCUUGGUGAUGGCUCAUCAGGACAACUUGGUUCCUCGGUGUAGUAAUGAUUCAGAGGCACAAGAUCAUACUUCAAUGACCAUUGAGUUUCUCCGUGCGCGUUUACUCGCUGAAAGAGCUGUUUCCAAGAGCGCAAGAGCUAAACUUGAUGGCCUUUCUGAUAAAGUAGCAGAGCUGGAGGAACAGCUAAAGAUUGUGUCUUUACAGAGAAAGAAGGCGGAACAAGCAACUGCUGAUGUCCUUGCUAUCCUUGAAGAAUAUGGGUUUCAUGAUGAUGAUUCAAGCUCUGAUCAAGAAAGCUACUCUCAGACUACGACCAAGUCAAUGUCUGCCAAGAGUUUAUCAUGGAAAGGUCGCUGGAGAGAAGCUGAUUCUUCUCAAAAAACUAAGGAGUCUCGUAAUAGGAGACAGAGAGGGUUCGUGUCUGCUUAUUUCUCCUCGCCAAGACACCGCCAAGGAAGAUCUUGUCGACAAAUAAAACGCAGCGAGUCAAGAACUGUAUCUGAAGAUCAUAAGAGAGAUGGAGAUACAGUUGUUGAUCUUCAAGAAAAAGGAGGUAGCACUCAAGUGCUUCCUAUAACGAGUGAAGAGGCUGAUGUUACUGUUGUGAAGGGAGACGAAAGCUUGCAGAAGUUGUCAUGUUCAUAUGUUUUGGAGAAGGAAAACAGUAUGGACAUCAAGUUGGAGAAAGCGUUAAGAAAACGUGCACAAGUUGUUGGAUCUUAUGGAGAUAUGGAAGAGACUCAGAAACAAUGGGAGAAGAAGUUCACUGAGAAUAAAUCAUCUGCCCUGGAUUUAUGUGACGUAGGAAACCAUUCAGAUGUGACGGAUGAAAGUAAUGGAGAAAAAGCUCAAGGUUCAACACUAGUACCCUCGCACGGUGAUACAAGGUCUAUAGCCAAUGAAGUUCACCUUAGGGAACCGUUUGAAACUUCGUCACAUGGUUCCCCUGAUAAUUCAGUAACAUCACCUGAUAAGUUCUGCAAAAGUUGUGGUUCCAAAUCUGUGGAAGAAGAAGCUUCUCCUUCUGGAGACAACGGGAAACAAAUAUCUGAGAGUCCUAAAAGUGAGUCUUCCCAUGCACAGAACUUCAAAGGUAUCUCUGAGCACGCUUCAUCAACUACUCGAGCACCUCAUGUACCAAGACCAAACUCUAGAGGUGGUUCCUUUUGCAGUAAUGCCACUAACAUCCAGAAAGUAGAUUACCACUUAGUUCCAGUGACAAAGGAAAAGUCUGAUGGCUAUGAUACUGUGCUCAAUGCGCUAAAGCAAGCUAAGCUGUCUCUGCAAGAGAAGGUCAAUAGCUUACAUAUCAGAAAACAUGAGUAUCUUUCUGAGAGCUCUUAUCCUUCAACGCCAGGUUCAUAUAUGAACACAUACGCACUACCUAUAGAGCCAGCAUUUGAUACCAAACCAUCUCUCCCUGCUUCCAACGUCGGACUUUUCCGAGUACCCACUGAUUUUUCACCUGAUGCAUCAACGAGGAACAGCUUUCAAGCCUCGGGUUCUCAGAAAGCUCUUGUUAACCAUAUACAACCUGAGAGAGACAUUCCUUUGCUACCUGGAGUCACCAAAGCAUUAACAUCCACAAAGAACCUCCUAGAUUCUGGCUUCCAAAGUCAAUUACUAGACACAGAGCGACCUUUGACCACUCCAUACAUUUGUGGACCAAAACUAUGGACAGGCUUCAAGGCAGAUGGUGAACCGGUUGUGGAUACUCAAGAUUCCAGAGUUUAUAAAGGCACACAAAUGGUUUCAGGAAGUGUCAGAACAUCUGGUUUUGAAGGGAACCAACUAGCCUCAACUAGCUUCAAGUUAGAUAGACAAGUAAGUACAUAUACUCCCAUGUCACCUAGUCGAAGCUUGUAUCCUGAUUCAGUUCUGCGUAGUAGAGAGAUGUAUUCGACUCCUUAUUACACACCUGCGGUUGGGUUGCCUCCUACUGAUGGUUCAGGUGAAGGUUUAUAUAGGCGAGUAUGAUUCUGUUGGAUGCUUGUGCACUGCACUGUUGGAGUGUCUGUUGUUGUGUACAGUGUAGAAUGUACCAGCUUUGUAAGAAUUUGGCAGAAACAAAGGCAAAAGUGAUGUAUGUAGUUCAUAGCUUUGUAAUGAGAGGACAAUUGUUGUUAAAAGGGUA